AUGCGAUCCCAGAUACCCUUUUCCGAGACACAAAUUUACCCCUUUUCCCGAUUGCCAUCCGAGUGCUCUAUCGGAUGUCGUGGACACAGUGGCCUUGAGCGGGGGAUUCCCCUUGAAUUCCUCGACAACCGUGGACUCUGUGCCCGGGGGAGACGUGGGCGUCGCCGCCUGUCUGGUGAAAACAUCUCCAAAGGGGCUAUCAAGGAUAUGUAUAAAAAGAAGGAAUCAGAGUCUACUUUAUACUUCCGGAGUAGUAUCAGCGACAUUUUGAUUAGCGGAGGCGCAGCGGGCUUGCCGCCAGAGCUUCGCAGGCUCGUAUUUCUCUACUAUUUCCGAUCCAUCACGAUAUGCCGGAGGCUGCACAGAAACCGAGAUAAAUCGGGCCGGGAACCGCAUCUAGGAAUCCUGCUAGUCUGUCGCCAAAUCUACCACGAGGCCGCGAAACUCUUGCUCCCAAAUGCGCGUGUCUUCUGCAACUCAAAUGCGGAUGUAAUUGACACUCUGAUGAGCAUGAGUCCCGCACCAAGUAAGGCAGCUUCGCCCAACGCUUUGGGUGAAAGUUCUCAGAUGAAGGGCCGUGAUUUGAAUGAGGUCAACGCUAGCAAUGCAUCCGAUGCCGUGGGCGAUGAGAGUGAGGCCGGGGACCAGGACGACGAUGACGAGAAGGUCCGGUACUUCCAUCUUGGUGCCAUUCUAGGCUUAUUCCCGGGCCGGCAGCUUGACCUCCUUGAAGUCUUCUGUGGGGUGGGCGGAGGGCCCUACACGGGCUUUCAAACCACAGACUGCUUCGGGUCCGUACUUGAAGCUGAUGGCUACCGGCGGCUCUGGAUGUGUGCAACGGCUGGCGACGGAAACGCGUGGCUUGACAUACCUUCCACCUGGCGGUGGAAGGAGAUUAUCACGGCCAAGUUCAAGCCGUAUAACGGGUGGAGAGUCCGCAUCAGGCUGCCGAGCUAUGAAUGGAGCGGGUUUGCAUCAUCUGAUAGUGAUGAUAACAGUCUCUGGGCCCGAGCUCGGGAUGCGGGAUUCACGAUAGUUAAAAAUGAGGACGAUUCAGACGACGAUGACGCAGAGGAUGAGGGCGGGUACAGGAGCGCAGAUGUAGCGGACAUUGUUGUGGAGAGGGGCGAUGCGGAUUUUGCUGUCAAGGCGGACGAUGGGCGAGUGAUGAGAUGCAUCGCGCGAGAAGAUAAUACGGAGGAGAGCAACAUGUUCUACAUGAGUGUUUGGAACGCUGCGAAGUAG